GUCACGGCCGCCAAGCUGCCAUGGCUCGCCCACAGAGGCGACAUCACCAAAGACGACCCCAAGAAGGUCGCGGCGACCAUCCGAGAGGCGGAUCCAAACAAGGAGUGCCUCGUGUUAUUCGGGGCGGCCCCGCCGUGCCAAGACUUCUCCCCGAUUGGAUCCGGGGAUGGCCGCCAGGGGGCAAGGGGGCGCCUCUUCUCCGUCUCCGCCGACUUCGUGCAGGCGAUCUUUGACGAGCUCUCGGGCUACAACACCGCCUCCAUAUUCGAGAACGUCCUCAUGAACUCGGCCGACGCGAAGACGGUGACCGAGAAGCUGGGAUAUCAGCCGGUGUUCGCCUGCGCGGGCGACUUCGGAUGGGAUGGCUUCCACCGCUUGCAGCUCAACACGCCCAGGAAGGCGGUCACCGACUUCUGCAUGGGCGGCUACAGCUUCCACGCUGAUGUGGCCGCGGGGCGCAAACACGUGCCAUGCACCACUACGCCAGCGCCGGCUGAAAAGGGGCGGCCGGCGCCUAAGUCCAGCAGAGGCCGAACGCCCAAAGACGCCCAGGAGCGCUGGUUGGCGGACAAGCGCCAGUACGCGCCUUGGCGCUACAAGCGCGAGGCGAUGCUCACCAGCCCCACGGGCGAAAUGUGCAUUCUGCCUGCCUUUGUCAAGGAGCAACUUCACGAAAUUUUCCUGGACUACACCUGGGCCAAGGCCAUGCGGAACCCGGCUCCACUGCCGGGAUGCUCCACCAUACAAUGGCUGGCGUCCAUUUGGCGUCAAGCCCUGACCUGGGGACCGCCGCCUCGAGAGGGCGACGACGCGCCCCUGCUGGGUCAUGCAGGAGCUCUCCGACGGGUCGACCAGGCGGUCAAGUCCAACAAAGUUGGCGAGCUUCUUCAACCAGCUCGGCCAACAGAGCGUGGCUGUGUUAUGGGCGGUGAGCUUCUGGCGCAAGUACGCCCAGUUGUGCGCCCGCAGCACGUCCAGGGACGUGGGCGUUUGGUACCGGCCAUCCUGGCGCGCAGGCCAGCCGGGUCUGGGCCUAAUGCGCCCUAUCAUGUCGAAGCCCUCGGUGAGGUCCGACUUGAUGCCGUCCAUGUCCGGGUAGCCCAGCUGGCCCAGGAGGUAGAGCAUGAGGGGCACCUGCGUGGGCGUGUCCAGGCGGUGGUGUGGUCCUUCGCCAUCAUCCAGGAAGAUGAGGCAGGCGAGGUGAAACUUCGAAGGGGGGAAGACUGGCGCAGGUCCCAUGACAACGCCACGGUGCAAGCCUGA